AUGCUUGCAUUCACAUCAAUUGGUGCAAAAAUAGAUCACUCGGUAACAUCAGGGAAUGGUCCAUAUGCGUUUAGAAUCCACGGGCAGAACCACCACCAAAUAGGAUCUUUACUACCAGUGGAAGGGAAGCCACCCCAGUUUGCACAGCUUUAUAUAUAUGAUACUGCAAAUGAAGUUCGCAAUCGUUUGAGUACACUGAGUCGGACAUCGACUGCUGGAGAUUUAGAUGGGAAAAUUGUAGCUGGUCUUAUUCAGAUGAUGGACGAUUUCAAUUGUCUAGCAAAGAUCUUUAGAAAAGCAAGAGACCGCUAUGAAUCAGGAGACAUUCAAGAUUUUAGAAUCACUAUUGUUGAGCAGAAAAGGCGUGGUAAGCAAUACGAACUGCCAAUCAGUGAGGAGAUUGCAGGGUUGAUCGUCGGUGACAUGUCAACAACGACUGGCGAGCGAGAUGUUGUUUUAGAGCUGAAGGCAUCAAGCCGAUUGCAUCGAAUAAGUGAUCUCCAUCCGUUGUUUAUGAGUCUGCAAUACCCGUUGUUAUUUCCUUAUGGCCAGUAUGGCUUCAAUGAAGAAAUCCCGUAUAUAGAAGAGAGGAACAACAUCAAGAGGUCAUUUGUAACCAUAAGAGAGUUCUAUGCGUAUCAAAUACAAACAAGAUUAUCUGAAGGAAUGACAAUUGUCAAAGCAGGACGUCUAUUCCAGCAGUAUGUGGUUGAUGCAUACACUACAAUAGAACAAGAAAGAAUACGAUGGACCAGAAAUAAUCAAAAGAUACUAAGAGCGGAUCUUUAUAAUAAUGUCUUUGAUGCAGUAGACAAAGGUGACAUAAAUGCUAAAGUAUUGGGCAGAAGGGUAAUUUUGCCACCCUCAUUUACCGGAGGACCACGAUACAUGGUUGAAAAAUACCAUGAUGCGAUGGCAUUAUGCAGAUGGUUUGGGAAUCCAGAUCUUUUUGUCACCGUGACAGCAAAUCCAAAAUGGCAAGAGAUAACUGAUCACCUUAAUGCUUAUGGCGGUGAUUCUGCGUUCGACCGGCCAGACAUUGAAUGUCGUGUAUUCAAGAUGAAAUUGGAUGAUAUACUAUCUGAUUUCAGUGAAGGCGUAUUCUUUCCAAAGCCAAUAGCAGUGAUAUACACCAUCGAAUUCCAAAAGCGAGGUUUACCCCAUGCUCAUAUACUUCUAUGGUUGGAGCCAAUCUACAAGACCCCUACUGCAAAUGACAUCGAUCAACUAAUUUCAGCAGAGUUGCCGGAUAAAGAAACUGAUUUCGAAGGAUUCAAAUUGGUUGAACAACAUAUGAUGCAUGGGCCAUGCGGAUAUAUCAUAUACAGACGCCGGAAUGACGUGACAAAAUUUGUGAUGAAAGGAGAUGUAAGAUUAGAUAAUCGUUUUGUUGUCCCACAUAACUUACAGAUUUUGAAGAAAUACAAGGCACACAUCAAUGUCGAAUGGUGCAGUAAAUCAUCAGCUAUCAAAUAUCUGUUCAAGUACAUCACAAAAGGGGUGGAUAAGGCAACAAUAAUUAUUCAGAAAGGUACGACCACAAUGCAGAAAACAGAUAAGAAGUCAGGGCAGGUGUAUCAGAAAAAUGAGAUCGACGACUACUUAGAAUGUCGUUACUUAUCUGCAUGUGAGGCAGCGUGGAGAAUAUUUUCUUUUCAUAUACAUUAUCAGAGACCUCCGGUCACACGAUUAUCGAUACAUCUCCCGGAUCAACAAAGUUUGAUAUUUGAUGAUUCAACGAAUCUACAAAGUGUUGUUUCACGACCAGGCACAAGGGAAACAAUGUUUACUGAAUGGAUGAACACCAACAACCAGUAUGAAGAAGCAAGAGGGUUAACAUAUGUAGAAUUCCCAACAAAGUAUGUAUGGAAUAACACUGGUAAAUACUGGACUCAAAGGAAACAAGGAUUCAAUGUUGGUCGCGUUGUAAACAUACAUCCAGCUGCAGGGGAGCUUUAUUAUUUAAGGAUGUUGAUAAAUAUCGUGAAAGGACCACGAAAUUACGACGAAAUUUAUACAUUUGCCGGUGUCAAAUACAAUACCUUCAAAGAAGCAUGCCAAGCUAGAGGUUUACUUGGUGGUGACAAUGAAUGGAAUGAAGCGAUAGAGGAGGCAGCAAAAUGGGCAGGUGCGGCUCAAUUGCGUCAUCUAUUUGUUACACUUCUCUUGUAUUGCGAAGUUGGAGAACCGCAUAAACUUUGGGAUAAGUGUUGGAAGCCACUAGCGGAAGACAUCCAACACAAGAAACAAAAGGAGUUCAGCUUCCCAAAUUUAUAUUUGGCAGAUAAUGAACUGCAACAAUAUGCUCUUAUAGAGAUUGAGAAGCUACUCAUGCAAAAUGAAAAAUCAUUACGGGAUUUUCCGAACAUGCCGAAACCAGAUAAAAAUGUCCUCCGUCAUAUCGAAAACACUCUGUUGAGAGAGGAAUUGCAGUUUGACGAGUCACGAGAGAAAGAAGAACACCAAAAAUUGUUUCCUUGCCUGAAUGAAGAUCAAAAAACAGUGUACGAUGCUGUAAUAGAUUCUAUUGAUAAUGGAAGAGGAAAACUUUUCUUCGUAUAUGGAGCCGGAGGGACGGGGAAAACAUUUUUAUACAAAACAAUCAUUUCAAAGCUUCGGUCAGAAAAAAAGAUUGUACUCCCGGUGGCAUCGUCAGGAAUUGCAGCACUGCUUCUACCUGGUGGGAGAACAGCUCACUCGAGAUUCAAAAUCCCUUUAAAUGUUCAUGACACUUCAACAUGCGAUAUAAAGCAAGGGACUAUGUUGGCAGAACUGCUAGCCAGAACAGAAUUAAUCAUCUGGGAUGAAGCCCCUAUGGCACACAGACACACAUUUGAGACACUAGAUCGUACACUCAAAGAUCUUAUGUCAAUUCACGAUGAAUCAUCAUCAGAUAAGCCAUUCGGAGGGAAAACUGUACUGCUUGGAGGGGAUUUCAGACAAAUAUUACCUGUGGUUCAACAAGGAGGGCGCCCUGACACCGUCCUUGCAACAUUAAGUCGUUCAUAUCUAUGGGCAGCGUGCAACGUCUAUAUGUUAACACGUAACUUGAGACUUAACCGAUCUGAAAUAGAGUUUGCAAAAUGGAUAUUGCAAGUUGGGAAUGGGACAGCAAGGAAAAUAGAUGAAAACACUAACGCAUCGACUGGGGAGAACAAAAUUUUAAUAGACGAGACCUUAAUGCUCUGUAGCAUGGGUGACCCGCUACAAGUAAUUGUAGAUGCUGCGUAUCCCCGGUUCCUAAACUCAUUCUUAGAUCAAGCAUAUCUAACAGAGAGAGCAAUCUUAACACCUAGAAACGAAACUGUGGAUGAAGUGAAUGCAUUCAUUCUCUCCAAAAUACCGGGACAAGCAACAGAGUAUCUAAGUUCAGACAGCAUUGGCAUUGAUAACGCACCAGGAACUGAUUGGCAAACCCUAUACCCCGUCGAAUAUCUAAACUCCCUGGAAUUCCCUGGAUUACCGAGUUAUCGACUACAUCUAAAAGUUGGAGCCCCCGUGAUGAUGCUAAGAAACAUCAAUCAAAAGGAAGGACUGUGCAAUGGGACACGGCUAAUAAUAACUCAGUUGGGAAAAAGAGUUUUGGAGGCAGAGAUUAUGAUUGGGCCAAACAGUGGGAAUAAGGAUCAUGCCAUCGCGAAUUAUGUGUAA